AUGCCUUCCAAAAACUCGAUUAAUAGACCUAAAUUAACGGUGAAUGUGAAUCGUAAGAAUCAGUCCUUAGCGAGAAAGCGUAAUGCACGUGAAAAAGCCGGUCUUCUGAAACCUGCAAGGUCGAGUGAAAAUUCGAAAUCUGGUGAAGUUAAAUCAGUUCCGUUAGACCUAUACUUCCAGCAAAAGAAUGAUGAUGGUACAAAGACAAGCAGUGGUCUCACAACGAGGACUUUGUCAAAAAAAAGAGCAAAGAAGAUCGAAAGAAACAUCAAGUAUGCAGAGCAAAGAAAGCUUCUAACGGAUGUUCAGGCAAAUAUGGAAAAUGAAGAUGGUAUGGAAAUUGAUAUCUUGUCCAAAGAAAAAAAAAGUAAAGACGUUAAGAAGAGCGCUCUAAAAAAUUUGAAGGAUGCCAUUUGGAAUAUUCUAGAUGACACUUCCAGCCCGGGUCUUGUUUUGGCAAAUGGGCAAGGUACCACAUUAGGUGGGCCCUUCUUCCCAUAA